GGGGAACACCCUGGCUGUAGGGACAGCUGUCAAAGGGAGAGAAAGAAGAGCAAAGCUUCUUGGGAUGAGCCCAUUGGCAAAACCAGACCUGAUGCUGAAUUGACAAACUGCAGCAUCUCCAGAGUUUGUGAUGAACCAAAGUCCAGGGAUCAAAAGUCUACCGUAGUCAACAGCCAGUCCAAAGAUUUAAGGUUCCAGGAUUCUAAGAGUUCAGGAGACAGGUAACCUCUGAAUGAACCUUGAGAAGAACACUUCCCUUUGUCUUAGGUCAGGAAUGAAAUUACAGCACUCACAAGAAAUAACUUGGAGAAAUUAUAUUUCAAGCUCCAUAGCUGUGCAUUCAAGGAGGAAAGGGAGGAUUGUGCUGUAAAAAGUGGGGCUUGGUAAUUUAUUUAUUCAAAUGGACUAGAGCAUUACAAGGACUGAGAAGAGGAAAUCAGGAGAAUAUUUCUGUGAUCUUCGGGCAUAAUAUUUGAAUCAUAAAUAUAAAAGAAUGGAAAAUCUCCAAUCCUUGUCAAAACCACACACAGGGGAGAAGCAACAAAAUUGUAUGGACUGUGUGAAAUGUUUCACUGGGGGAAGUUCUCUUACUAUACAUCAACGAACUCACAUAGGAAAGAAGCCAUAUACAUGCAUGGAAUGUGGAAAGAACUUCAGUCGGAGUGACAGUCUGCGUUCCCAUCAAAGGACCCACACAGGAGAGAAGCCGUAUAAAUGCAUGGAAUGUGGAAAGAGCUACAGCGAGAGAGGAAAUCUGCGUUCCCAUCAAAGGAUCCAUACAGGAGAGAAGCCGCAUUACUGCAUGGAAUGUGGAAAGAGCUUUUUUCAGAGUGGAAAUCUGCGUUCCCAUCAAAGGACCCACACAGGAGAGAAGCCGCAUUACUGCAUGGAAUGUGGAAAGAGUUUCAGUCAUAGUGGAGAUCUGCACUCCCAUGAAAGGGUCCACACAGGGGAGAAGCCACAUAACUGUAUGGAAUGUGGAAAGAGCUUCAGUCAGAGUUCACAUCUGCGUACCCAUCAAAGGACCCACACAGGGGAGAAGCUGCAUCACUGCAUGGAAUGUGGAAGGAGCUUCAGUGAGAGUGUAAAUCUGCGUAUCCAUCAAAGGAUCCACACAGGGGAGAAGCCACAUAAAUGCAUGGAAUGUGGAAAGAACUUUAUUCAGAGUGGACAUCUGCGUUCCCAUCAAAGGACCCACACAGGUGAAAAACCACAUAAAUGCAUUGAAUGUGGAAAGAGCUUCAGUCACAGUGCGAGUAUGCGCAGCCAUCAAAGGACCCACAUAAGGGAAAGUGCAGUAGACAUCAGAGAGCUCACACACAGCUAGAGGAGACCUGCCUGUAUGUUUCCAAGGGUCCCAGUAGACAAAAAAUUGGGAUGAUGGACAGAAAAAGAAGGCUGCCAACCUUCUCUCUAUCUGUCAUGUGCAGCAGAUCGUGUGGUCUGGCUUUACUGGUUUUGUGUUCAGGUCUCUCCACAGAGGAGGAUUUUUCUCUGUAUUGCAGCCAGUUUAGAAGGGGUUAACCUGACCUUUACCUCCUCAAGAAAAGCAUUGCAGGCUUCUGGAAUGAUCUGAGAAGGCUUUCUGAAAUGAGCAGCAGCUGAGAUCUCAUGACAAAAGGGUUCUGGAAAGGAACAGCUCUUUUUUAGCAGAUAACAUUGUACAUCUUGCCUGGAUCUUGGCUCUGCUGCCCCUCGGAUCGAAUUCUGGACUCUGGCCUUGUUCCUGUCAUCCUGUUCUGGACUCUGUUGUACCCUGAGUUAUCGUUGACUUCAAAGUCUGGACUGACUACUUGAUUUAUGGACUUGGACUUCAGUUUGCAUCUCUGCCUAUCUGGCUUGACUUUGGAAUUCUGACUUCGGUUUGUAGUCUUGCAUUCUUGGUUGUUAUUUUAUGAACUGUGGUGAAUGCAUUCCUUACAUCUGACUGUUGGACUGUGAACUUGGCAAAUAUUUGUAUCUUUCUAAAUUAUGUGGUCAUACUGUUAAUUCUAAGCUUCUUUGGGUCUCCUUCAGGAGAGAUACAGCGGGCUAUACAUAGAUAAACAUAAUAACAACAAGUGUGUAGAGUAAUCCCCGUCAAAGUGUGAGUCUGCAUUCCCAUCAAAGGACCCAAACACCCCGAGAGCCUUACAGUAAUCCAGAUGGGUUCUAACUAAGAUGUGUACUACCAUGGCCAAAUCUGAUGUCUCAAGGUAUGCGUGCAUUGGUGCACAAGUUUUAAUUGUGCGAAAUCUUUUGUGGCCACCCCCAAUACCUGGGUUCCAGGGUCAGCGAUGAGUCCAGGAUCACCCCCAGACUGCAAACCGUAUCUUCAGGGGAGUGUGACUCCAUCCAACACAGGCCGUCAUCCCACACCCUGAUCUGUCUCCCAACUGACCAGGAGUACUUCUAUUUGGUCUGGAUUUACUAUCAGCUUGUUAGGUUUCAUCCAGUCCAUCACUGAUGAAAAGAGUGAUAGAGUUGGGUGUCGUCGGCAUAAAUUUGACACCAAACUCCAAAACUCUGGAUGAUCUCUCCUGGCGGUUUCAUGUAAAUGUUAGAUAGCCUGAGGGAGAACAUUCAACCCUGAGGGACACCCCCGGCCAGGGAGUCGAACAGGAGCCCCCCCCCCAGCACCACCAUCUGGGUCUGACCUUCCAGGAAGGACGGCUUGCUAUCUGCCAUUGGUUAGACGCCUUGCCAUAAUUGUCUGCGUAUGUAAUCCACCACCAUCCCUGUUGUGUGAAGUUCCCAUUGUGUUUGUGAGUAUAUGAAGAGAAGACCUGUAAAUAGUUACACGUAGCAGAUAAAUCAAGCCUAAAACCUCCAUGGACUUUGGAUGAAAGUAUAUAUGACUGUACAAUUAAUGUUAUUGUUUAUGGUUUUAUAUUGUUGUUGUGAUAUUGAGGCAUCGAAUUGUUGCCAGUGUUAGCCACUCUGAGUCCCCCCUCGGGGGUUGAGAAGGGCGGGAUAGAAAUGUUUUUAAUAAAUAAAUAAAAGUCAGAACUCAAGAGUGUUGAUUUGAAGAGAUGAGCUACAUUAGAAGGCCUGUGACACUGUGACCAGGACUCUGCAGUGUUUUGGGGAUUGGAAUCAACUACUUGCCCCAUUGCAAAGUUGGAGGAGGCCAUGAGAGGAUUGCAUUCAUGUGCCUACCUAGCAGGAGAGUUGUGCGUGUUUUUACUCAGCUUCUCCUUUUCCACUCCUUGCUCACACUGACAAAGUAUGCAGGCCUCACCUAAACAAUAAAAAGAACGUCCUGAUGGUAAGAGCCGUUCAGUAGUGGAGUCUGCUCCCACCGGGAGUCCAUAAGAGUCUCCUUUGGAGGUUUCUAAGCAGAGACGGCAUGACCAUCUGUUGGGUGUUCUUUGGUUGUUUGUUCCUGCAUGGUCUGAUGAGGAUUGGCCCAUCCGCACACAAGCAGACCUGACUGGGAGGAGGAGGAGGAGAUGUGUGUCCUUCAGCCACAACACCCUUGACCCAGUGGGUCGUGGAGUCCAUCCCCGUUCUGCUCCAAGCAGCAUCUCCAGCGAGAGCAUCCUCCGCAGGUCGCUCUCCGGCCUCUUUUUGGGGUCAUCCAGGGAGAGGAACCCCCUCCUCUCUCGGCCCAUGCCUUCUCACCCAAAUAUAAGAAUCACAGAAUAGUAGAGUUGGAAGAGACUACGUGGGCCAUCUAGUCCACCCUCUUCUUCCAUGCCGGAAAAGCAGAAUCCCUUGGCAGAAUUCCAGCGGCCAGGUGAGCAAAGGCACGCUCAAAAUCCCAUUGGCUAUUUUGGCUGUUGGCGCAUCACACUGUUGGCUCAUGUUCAACUUUCUGUCCACUAAGACUCCAAGAUCUUUGUCAUGUGUAACUCUGUUGUUGAGCCAGGCACAACCCAUCCUGUCUCUGUGGAUUUCACUUCUUUCUGCCCAAGUGAAGUCUUCUCCUGGUUGGAAUUCAUUAUAUUAGUGUUGACCCAGCUUUCUCCUCUGUUGCGGUCACUGUGGAUUCUGGUCCUGCUGUGGUGAAAUGUGAAUUUUAACCUACAGUUAUGUAUAAUUGUAGAUAGGUGUUUAAAAGGGUAAGUAUUUAAAAUAGCAUAACUACUGUGUUGAGAAUAAGGAAUGUUUAGGCUUUUUAGUCUGUGAGGUCUAGAUAGGUCAAGUUGACUUAUUUAGAUUGGUAGUUAGUGAAUGAGCAGAAAGGGGGAGAGAACACCAGUAAGAAUCUUUAUUGCAACAGAAAUAACAUAAGGAAAGAAUAAGCUGUUACCUGAAGUGAUCUGUUAAGGAAAGAAACACAAUUUGAAGGAAAAUAAGUUGAAAACCUGUCUAGUGGAAGGAAUAGUCCUCUUAAGAGUUGUUUUAUGAAAUGUUAUAAAUGUAACCUCUAAAGAAAUGUGCCUCUAAGAGUUAAGAAACAUUGAAACCAUUAAGCUUCUUCUAUACUUCAAUAAACUUGUUACAGUUUCUCUUAAA